CAGUGGGGGUCUGGCUGUGUUCUUUCUCCUCUGUCUGUGUGCGAAUGCACAGACGGUUCAGUAGUAAUUUGAUGUGUGUCCCCGGGGACAUUUGAUGGAUUAAAGCUAAGCAGCUCCAUUUCGCAGCACCACCUGAUCUUCCACUGCCUGUGCCCCAUAUAAAGGCUGGCGUGAUUGCUGAUCUCAGCUAGUCUGACAGUCUCUCUCUCCCUCCUCUCUCUGUCUGUCUCCAUCUCUUCUCUUCCUCACUGGUCCCUUAAGCCUGCUGCAUCACAGGAGCUAUCCAGUGCUGAACAGGAUCGCUUUUAUUUUUUAUUUUUUUAUUUUUCUGGGGGAAGCUGGGGGAGCCAGAGAGUAUCACACAGCAUUGCCGUCAGCCUUGUUCUCCACUGGUUUCCAUUUUCUUUCUUAUCUUAUGUUUUUGGCCGUUGUCUUCACAUUAACCACAAGGAUUACCGUCCAGCCAGCUCUGCUCGUGUGCUUCCUCAGAGGGUCUUUCAUUUUUGCUCAUGCGUUUUUCUCAGCUCUGUGUUUUUAUCCAUUGAAACAUGCCCCGCUCAUUUUUGGUGAAGAAGAUCAAGCUUGAUGAUUUCUCUUCGUCCAACGUGGCCACUUCCAAUCAUCAUCACCACCUGGACGACUCGUUCACUUUUGCACGCUCCAUCACAGACUCGGUGACCAGCCUUGGGGUUCGUCUCAGUGAGAAUGGCUACAUCCAGGAUUACAUCACGCCAUCUGUAUACCAGGGGGAGAAGAAGAUGGAGCACAAGCUGGCUUCGCCGGUGUCGGACCCCCUCUACACCCAGGUGAGCAGCGGAGAGGAGUACUGUGACCCCGACCUGAAGCACCCCGACAGCCCCCAGUCUGGCAUGACAGCCAGCGGCUUCUACAGUGGUGAAUCGGAGGCCCUGGCCGAGGGUUACACCAUGGAUGCCUUCUUCAUCUCUGAUGGGCGCUCGAGGAGGAAGGGAGACACCGAGAGUCGUGGAGGGGGCUCAAGAAGCAGCAGUGCCAAUGGCGGGGCUCAGGAGAGGGGAUCUGGCACGGCUCGCCACACCUGCAACGAGUGCGGCAAGACGUACGCCACCUCCUCCAACCUCAGCAGACACAAGCAGACGCACCGCAGCCUGGACAGCAAGAUGGCCCGCAAGUGUCCCACCUGUAAUAAAGUGUACGUGUCCAUGCCGGCGUUGGCCAUGCACAUCCUCACCCACGACCUCAAGCACAAGUGCGACGUGUGCAGCAAGGCCUUCAGCCGGCCGUGGCUCCUUCAAGGUCACAUGCGCUCACACACGGGGGAGAAGCCCUUUGCCUGCGCACACUGUGGCAAAGCCUUUGCUGACCGUUCAAACCUCCGCGCCCACAUGCAAACACACUCUGCCUUCAAGCACUACAGAUGCAAGCGCUGCAAUAAGACCUUCGCUCUCAAGUCCUACCUGAACAAGCACUAUGAGUCAGCUUGCUUCAAGGGCUCUGCGGACGAAGACGACUCUGGAUCAGAAAACUAACCACGAGGAAAAAGCAAAAUUUUGAACCCCUGUUGUCGGUUCACAACCAAUAACCCUGUUCACUCUGCCCUCCAUGCCUUUUUUCUUCCCUUUUUUUAGAAAGCAAUAUUUUCACUGAGAUUAUGUGAAGAAACUCUAAUGAUUAUGGCAAAGACAAUUUCAAAAGAUGCUGGAUUUUUUCCCUGCACAGUAGCUAAUCGUCCACAGAAACAUACAAUCAAACAACCUUCCCCCAAAUAGAGACUGUAGAUGAUAGUUGUACACAAUUAAGCAACAUGUGCUCGUACGGACGUGGGCACAUGUAAACACACACACACUCACACAGACAUGUAUGCAAAUACACACACACAAACACACACAUUAAUGUACGCACGUGUGCACACACAUAUACACUCACACACAGACACACUUACACACACACAAUUAUAUAUGAGGCCUGGCAUGUGAAUUUUUAUCAAUGACUAUAAUGAUAUUGAUAUCAAUAGUAAUAAUAUUUAGAUUCCUGAUAUUUUAUAGCAAAUAGUAAUGAGAAAAUGACAAAAAAAAACAUAAAAAAGGACUAACAGUGUUCUUUUGUUUUUUAGAGACAAAAUGACCUCUUGUAUUUUUAUGCUGCUUUUUAUUUGCUAAGAAUUGAAUUCUUUUGCAACUGCCAACAUGAACUUUUUAUGAAAAUGUGAACUAUGACAGUAUUUGCAAAAAAGGGAGAUCAUUUUAAAAGGUUAAAAAGACAAACCCCUUUUUUCCACACCAAUGUUUCAAUUCAACGGAUGUUAUUUUUCUAUUUGAUUUUUCUAAAUUUAUUUUUUUGUGCUUAUUAUCCCUUGUUGAUCUAAAGCAUCUUUGUAACUGUGGGUAUUCAAAAGAGAAAAAAAAGAGCAAAUUUCAAUAAGCUAUACACGAUCAUAGGCCAUAGGUCAUUCAAUUCAAUUCUGCAAGAUUUUAAAACGUUUAACAGGCCUGUUGAACAGGUUAUCACACAUCAAAUUCAUAGUCUCACCCUGAUGUACAGACUUGGACUAAAACACUGGGAGCCAGACCAAAUGAUCUAUUGUUAUAAGUGCCAUGUGCGGUUGACUUGUCUAUAGCAAUGAAAACUCUCGUUGUUCUUCCUCCACCAUGGUGGCUUGCAUAAACUCUGCUGCCUUUAUGGUGCAUCGUCCAGUCUUAAAGAGCAAUCUUCACCCAGUGUUUGAGGUGCUCCCCCUCCGCCAGUGUUACCUCAGAGUGAAGGUAUGGACUCACACACCCUCAGUUACAAAGUGACAGUCAAAUUAUUCUGUUUGUCUGUUUUAUAUGUCGCUCAAAGCUCCGCCCACGGUUUAGAUGCAUACCAUCUAUUUAUCAUGUAAAUACUUUAUUUAUCUACCUAUUUAUCUAUUUAUUUAUUUACCUUAUUUUUGUGUAUUUAUUGGAGACUUGCUUAUUUGUUAAUUACCAUGUAUUUAUUUAUUGUUUAUAAUUUAAAAGAUGAACAUCCAUUGACCUUGUAAGAUGCUGCUGAUCUUCAAAGAAAAUGUUUAUAUGCAUGAAAACUGUAGAGAGUCCAUGGGACUUAGUUUUUUAAAGAGGAACAAUGUACAGUACCAGUGUUAGGAGACUACAAACGAAUGAAUGCAGAAUUUUGUUUUUCGUGGCAAUAACUACUGACACAGCAACUGACAUGUAUAACAAUCACAGCUGUCCUGUUUUCAGUCGAUUUAGGGCAAUAAAAAGAAACAAUGAAAAACGAAACACUAAAAUAUUCUCCGUUUUGCUGUUUCCCAAACGUCCACUGCCUCCUCGUGACGGGAGAGUUUUUUGGCCCCUUUUGUCUUUAAAUCUCAGGCAAUAAAUAAUUCCCAGAAAUAACCGACGGCGAUGUGCAUGUAGACACUGCCGUGAAAAACACUAUCCAUUACAUAAUAAUGUAGGUGUAAUCUAGUUACACCAAGGUUUCAAAGGUGCAAAAGCAAUAAUGAACGCGAUGCAGUAACUAUGAGCAACACUCAGUCCUUUAUACAGCGAGUCCAAAACUGCUACAAGUGUUAAUUCGGCUGGAAAUGGCUGCUAUUCUUUAAUAUUAGUAUCAUUUCAACUGUCUAUUAUUUUACAAAGCAACCAGGUAAAAACACAUCUCUUCUGGCAGCUGAAAGGCAGGUGUGAUUUAACUGCUGGAGGGUUACACAACAGGAUUACAAUAAUUCUAAUUUAAGUCACUGACAUAAUAAAGCAUUACAAUACGGUUAAAUUAAAAGACAUUACUGCUCCCAAAUGAUUCUGUGCAGUAAAAACAGCUGAGCAAAUCUCCGAGGUGUCAAAAGAGAGAAUGCAUUGAGGUAUAUAUAUAUAUCUUAACCAGCACUAACGGAAAUAAUCUUGACAUGAACUGUUUUGGUAGGGAAAGUUUUUAAGAUUGUUGUACUAAAAUGACGUGCUGUAAUGCACUCCUAACUCCCCCAUCAUUUGUCCCUGCCUCGCUUCCCUCCCCUAUCAGCCGUCCUCAUCCCGUCCCAACUGCCUCUAAACAGACGCACCGAGGAUGAGAUGUGCUGAAGUGGGAUUGGCGGAGGGUGGCGGAGUGUGGGAGGAUAACAGGUGUUUGCAGACAGACUGCAGAUAGGGAGCGUAAUUGAGUCGGUGAGCGACCUCCAAGGGGAAGGUCAAGCACCAGCAGGCAAAUGCACUGUCAGCUAUUUGCAUAUUCCAAAUGGAUGACACGAUCGCGGUAAUGCUGAGCUCGCCCCAAAAACAAAACAAAACACAAAACUGGGGAGAGAAGAAAAGAAAGAGAAGUUUAUGCUCCAUUCGGCCGCGCUCUCCUCCCUGUUUCACCGUCAUCCUGUCAAUGGUUGUCUAAAUGCUACAGCUGAAUCACCGCAUGAGAGCAUCCAAACCACCUGUCUCCUGAUUAACUUGCAGUCAGAACACACAGUUUGGCACAUCACAGUAUCACUGAACUAAUGCGGAAAUCACUACUUCCUAUAGAUUCUGUUUUAUAUGUUUAAUGUUUUACUGUGGGACAGAGAUGUAACGCAUCUCCAAAACCUGGGGACUGUGUUUUAAUGAGGCACAUAAAAGCACGGAGAUCAUUAAAAACAUCAAUUGGAAAUGUACUGUAGGCUUGUAUCUAAAACUGGCAGCAUUACAGAUCGUCCUCGGAGAAAAUAUUAAUUACAGAAAAGGAGGCACAAUUUGAUUCGAAACUGAAUUUAGAUGUAGGGAAACAUUGUUCCUCUUUGAUGAUUUUGUAAAUAUAUUUGUAAAUACAUCACAGCAAUAAUAUGACAAUGCAUGUAGACAUUUAAUUGCUCUUUUUCUAUUCAUGUUUUUUUUAUUAAAAAGAAAAGACAAAUACAGGUACCAAUUGCAGUCUGGGUGGCCACGCGAAUCAGGGAGUGUCUUGAUUAAAAAGCUAUCUGUUGUAAGUCACAGACAAAAAAAACCUUCAAACUCUGUGUGUUCUCAAAGAUUUGAUCAUGUUCUGUAUGAUUUUUUUUCUGUUCUUGUUUUCUUUUAUUAAUGUGCCCGGCUUGGCUGCGCAAUGAAAAAGUGCCAAAAAGUAUGAUUUCCAUGACAAAAGCCUUCAACAUAUGGUUGGCUGCUUGAAACCUUCCAUAUGGUCCUCAAAGAAAAAAAACUGAUUAAGAUUUUCCACUUUCUUUCUCACUCUCGCUCUUCCUCUCUUCCUCUCUUUCUAUCUCUCUGUUCCAGCUGAGUAUGAAGAAACUUAAGCCAUGAUUGCUGAGGGGUGUUUUGAUUUAUCUUGUUCUGCUACAGUUAAUAAUGAUGACAACAAUAGCAAUGAUAACGUUAAUAAAAACAAUAGCACAAGGAA